AUGGUGCAAAGGCUCAAGAUCGCUGCCUCUGGCCUUGGCCGUAUGGGCAAGCGUCAUGCUGUCAAUUUCCUCCACCGUACCCCCCGCGCGGAACUCGUCGCGGCCUUCACACCGGAUCAGACUGAGUUGGCUUGGGCAAGAGAGAACCUGGAGCCCUACGGUGUAACUCUCUACACCGACUAUGACCAGAUGAUCAAGCAUCAGGGGCUUCAGGCCGUCGUCAUCGCGACCGUCACCAAGGUCCACGCCGAGCAGGCCCUCAAGGCUGUCGAGAAGAACCUUCACGUCCUUUGCGAGAAGCCCAUUUCUCUCAGCAUUGAGAAGUCCAUGGAGCUGGUGAAGGCUGCUCAACAGAAGCCUCACCUCAAGGUCAUGUGCGGCUUCUCCCGCCGCUUCGAUGCAUCCUACAGGGAUGCUUUCGAGAAGACCCAGGCUGGUUUGAUUGGAAGGCCUUCAAUUAUCAGGUCGCAGACUUGCGACAAGCAUGACCCCAGCGGUUUCUUCGUCCAGUACGCCGCUCUCAAUGGUGGCUGCUUUGUUGACAUGAGUGUACACGACAUUGACCUGGCAAUGUGGUUCUUCGGUGACGAUUCAGUGGUGAAGUCGGUGUCAGCCUCGGGUAUCACUGCAGUCUCCCCUGAGCUGGCGGAGCAUGGUGACUGUGACAACGCCGUCGGCAUCGUCGAGUUUUGGGGCGGCAAGAUCGCCUACUUCUACAACUCCCGCAUGAUGGCCCAUGGUCAGGAAGACACUACGGAGUUCAUUGGUACUGCCGGCAAGCUCACAGUCAACGGCAACCCCCAGUCCAACUUUGUCAACAUCUAUGGCCCCCAGGGUAUCACAAGAGAGGUCCCUGCUCACUACUACGGUAGAUUUGAGUACGCAUUUGUUGCCGAGGCGAACGAGUUCACAGCAGCUGCCCUCGACAACACCCCGCUUCCAUUGAAGCUGACUGGGGCUGUGCAGGCUGUUCAGAUUGGCUCCUACUUGCAAGAGGCUCUGUUGACUGGAAAGAAGCUGUACUUUGAUGAGACUGGUCGUCGCAUUGAGAAGCAGGGCAAGUUGUAG